CGGUACACAUGUAGAAGCACAGUGAACAACAUCCGCAAUGCGUUAUCGUCUUCUUCGAGCACAAGUCAAUUGAGUGAUUGACUGUGCACAACCAACCCGACCGUUAGGUGAGCCGCUAAGAGUAUUUCUUCCCGUCGAAACCGAAGCGAACACUCAGACUCUGGCGCCGACGACUGCAACGAUGAUGACCAACGUGUACGGGCCCUACACUCUCUUCGACUUGGGACUCACCGAUCCCGCCAUAAUCGAGUCUCUCAACCUUUACAACCAUCCGCAGAUUACCGCCGGCGGUUUUCCCGGACUUGGAGCUCUGACGGGGCUAUCUUCCGGUAAUAGGGAUGCGAGUCCACCGAGGCACCGCCACGACGGCACUUCGCCGCUUCCUCUAGGCAUGGACUGGAGUCCUCCACCUCGUGUUUGGGAUGGACAAAACACUGUGUGGCCUCAUGACUUUCACACGGGAUGGAGUUAUUGUGUUACAAUACCUUCUUGGAAACUAUCGUCAGAGUCCAGUGCUUCAGAAUCUGUGGUGCUUUACGAGGUUCUUGUCGGAAUACAAUCACCACAAGGAAUUACAACUACAAGAGGAAUACAACGAAGAUUUAGUGAUUUUGUAACUCUAUCUUCUGAUCUAAGAAAGGAAUUCCCCAACAAGAAGCUGCCACCAGCACCUCGGAGGGGGCUAAUGAGGAUAAAAAGCAGUGACCUACUGGAAGAACGUAGGCGCUUAUUGGAGGAUUGGAUGACGGAGGUGCUCUCUGACAUUGACUUCUCUAGAAGUCUUUCUGUCGCAAUCUUUAUUGAGCUAGAAGCAGCAGUAAGGUCAUCAUUUAAUGAGUCAAAUAAUAAUGUUCCCGAUGAAGGUUCACCUAUCAGUGGCGUAGUUGUUCAGCCAGUUGAAUUUCCAAAUAUCCCAAACAAUAAUUGGACUACUUCUUCACCUGAACUCCCUAAUGUUGCUGGAGCUUUAGAAACACUAGAUGAACCACCGGACUUGAAUAUACAAUCAUCAAAGGUUAAAGAUCUGGAAACUGAAGCUGAAAGUGCAGAACAGAGCAGUGAAGGAAAUAUGCAGCAACCUGUUUUAACUGAGAAGGAACAGCUUACCAAAAUGCUAGGGGAUAUGGAUGAGCUUAGAAGGAAGUGUUUGGAGACAGAGGCAAGCCUAAAGGCUGAACAGGAUAAAAAGCUUCAAGCAGUGUCAACAAACCGUUUCCUCCUUCAGGAGAAUGAAAAAUUGCGGCAAGAAUUGGAUGCUGCUCACCAGCAGCUUGAGAACUUGCAAAAACAUAAAACGUCAGACUUGGACUCAAAAACUGAUCGAGAACUACUUGUUAAGGAGGUUGAAUCUCUUAGAAGUUCAAAUUCAGAAAUGACUCAGGAGCUCAGCAUUUUGACCAAACAGAAGACAGAAGUGGAAGCAAUUUUGCACGAGGAAAGGCAAAGCAGGGAACAAACAGAUUCUGUCAACGCUAAGCUGCUGCAACAGUGCAUGAUUCUUCGCACUAGACUUGAAGAAUGCAGUGUUAAUUUCCAAAUUGACAGUGAAAACAAACUGAUCAUGGACACUCCAACCCCUUCUGAUCCCAUUGAUAUAUCAGUUACAUCUGAUAACCAAAUAGGCCUUCUCCUUGCAGAGGUGGAGCUUCUAGCACAAGAUGUUGUCACUUCCAAUGGUGACAAUUCAAGGACAAGAAACACUGAACUUAGAAAAGUGCUUACAGAUUUGCUCACUGACAGUGCCAGGUUGAGGAAACAGGUGAAUAGCGUAAUUCGCUGUGCUCUUUCUCCACCUACAAGAUCUGAGAAAGACGAGGAGGAUAGUACCCCAAGGAAAACUGUUCCUCACUCGGAAGAAUGAAGUGUUCAAAGACAGGAAGCCAAGCAUUGUUAUUCCACUAGAUAUGUCAGUUUGUCACACUCCUAGUUUUGAGCUGCAGCCUUCGAGUUUUUAGAUUAUCAGCUUAAAUAAGUUUAUGACAAAUGAUGUUUAUACACUAGAAUUUAUGUCUAUGGAAUUAUUGAAGUUCUUGACUUACAGAGAAA